CGUCCUCCUCCUCCCCCUCCUCCCCGUCAACAUCGCCCCGAUCAGAGCGUAUUUAUAUGGCGCCCCCUUUCACACCAGUCUCCUCCGAUCCUCUCCUCUCGACCCCCACCCCCCCAAUCGAGCCAUCCAUCCAUCAUCAUCCACCACCAUAUCACAAGCAGCCGCAGCGGCAGCAGAGGAGGAAGAGGAAGAGGAGGAGGAGGGUUUCGCCUUCCCUAUCUUCUUGACGCGCACAGGCCACCAACAACGCCGCCCCCCACCGCGACGCGCGCGCCACACACACACACACCGACGCGACGCGACGCGACGCGACCGAGCGUGAGGGGAAAGAGGUGCGUGGCCUUGGACUUUUGAGGCGAGCGAACCCCCGCGUGCGUGCGUAUAUGAGAUCCACAUCCGGCGCCCGCCCCAGCAGCGGUGGUGGUGGAGGAGGAGGGGGAGGGGGAGGAGAGGACGACGACUACGCCUUCUACUACUCUUUCUUCCAGGACGCCGCCGCCGCCGGUGCUGCUGCAUCGCCGCUCAGUCUCGACGACGCCGUUGCGGCCGCAGCCGCCAUGACCAACGGGGGACGGAAGCGGAAGCGGGGAGGAGGGGAUGGGGCGGACGGUGCCGCCGCGUCCAGGAAGGACGGACCUGGAGGAGUAGACGGCGAGGGGGGCAACGGCAGGAAGCGCUCCAUCGCCAAGAUACUCACCUCGCUGGCGGCGCUCGAGGCGGAGGAGCACUCCGACCGCGCGGGCGCUGCCGACGCGUCCCGGCGGGAGCUCGCGCUGCUCGAGUCCAACGCCGACCACAAGUCGCAGGCCAUGAUGGACUACUACACCAAGAUGGAGGGGAGCUUCGAUGCGGCCGCGGAGUCCGACGCCGCCGCGCGGUCCAAGCGCUCGCGACUCGCCGCUUCGGCCGCCACAGCGGCGGUCGUGGCUACAGAGGAAGGGGCAGCCGAGACGGCCGCCGCGUCGGCGUCACCGUCGCGGGCGAGCGGCGGGGCGGGCCACCACCAGCGGCGGCUGUGGGUGAAGGACCGGUCGAAGGCGUGGUGGGACCGAUGCAACAGCCCCGACUACCCGGAGGAGGAAUUCCGCCGCGCGUUCCGGAUGGGGCGCGAGACGUUCGACAUGAUCUGCGAGGCGCUGGGCUCCGCGGUGGCCAAGGAGGACACCAUGCUCCGCGCCGCCAUCCCCGUGCGCCAGCGCGUCGCCGUCUGCAUCUGGCGCCUCGCCACCGGCGAGCCACUCCGCCUCGUCUCCAAGCGCUUCGGCCUCGGCAUCUCCACCUGCCACAAGCUCGUCCUCGAGGUCUGCGCCGCCAUCAAGUCCGUCCUCAUGCCGCGCUUCCUCCAGUGGCCCGACGAGGCCACCGCCGCCGUAUUCAAGGAGAAGUUCCAGACGACCUACGGCGUCCCGGGCGUCAUCGGCGCCAUGUACACCACCCACAUCCCCAUCAUCGCGCCCAAGAUCUCCGUCGCCGCCUACUUCAACCGCCGCCACACGGAGCGCAACCAGAAGACGUCCUACUCCAUCACGCUCCAGGGGGUGGUCGGCCCCGACGGCGCCUUCACCGACGUCUGCAUCGGCUGGCCGGGCUCCAUGCCGGACGACCAGGUGCUGGAGAAGUCCAUGCUGCACCAGCGCGCCGCGGCGGGGAUGAUGCACAACGCCUGCCUCGUCGGCGGCGCCAGCUACCCGCUCAUGGACUGGGUCCUGGUCCCCUACACGCACCAGAACCUGACGUGGACGCAGCACGCCUUCAACGAGAAGGUGGACGAGCUCCGGCGCGUCGCCGUGGACGCGUUCGCGCGUCUCAAGGCGCGGUGGGCGUGCCUCCAGAAGCGCACGGAGGUGAAGCUCCAGGACCUCCCCGUCGUGCUGGGCGCCUGCUGCGUCCUGCACAACAUCUGCGAGACGCGCGGCGAGGUGCUCGACCCGGAGCUCCGGUACGAGCUCGUCGACGACGAGACCUCGCCGGAGAUACCCGUCCGCUCCGAGGCCGCCAAGCGCGCCAGGGACAACAUCGCCCACAACCUCCUCCACCGCGGCCUCGCCGGCACAACCUUCUUCUGACGAUCGAUCGAUCGGUCACACCGCCGCCGCUUCUUGAUUGGUUCGCAUUCGCAUUCCCCCCUUGGUACAAAAUCCCGACAAGUAGCGAUUCUUUUAGCCACUAGAGUAGAAAGAUUUUGGUAGGUUUGGUCAGGGCAAAGUUGGUGAAAUGUAAACAUCCUGUGAAAAAAAGAUUCGAAUUUGGGCAGGUUUUGUUUUCAAAAUCAAGACAAGAUAUAUACAGUUCAAUUUACAACAUACAUGAUUGAAUUCUA